UCCGUUUUUUUUUUUUUUUUGUGGAUGAUUCAUGUUUUGAUUGUAAUGAGAAAUUUUAAUUCGUAUUCAUUUUUUGCCUGUGCUGUUACAUUUUUUACAUUUUUUAUACAUGAUUUCGUGUAAGCGUUCCGUCGUUCAGUGUUCGCGUCUGCUGUUAAACUAUAUCAUUACAGAAUAUUUCACUGCACUAGUCGACUAGUAGUUCUUGUUCCUGUCCAAAUUACACUGUCAAUGUACAAUACCUAAUGAUUUUGCCAUAGAUGUCACAAUAAGACAGUACUCGUGAACCGUAAUUGUUUUACCCCGGACGUCCGCGAACACAAUGGCUAAAGAAUAUGAUCAUCUGUUUAAGCUGUUAAUCAUCGGAGACAGUGGUGUUGGCAAAAGUUCAUUGCUUGUUCGUUUUGCCGAUAACACAUUCUCUGGUAGUUAUAUAACGACCAUAGGCGUCGACUUCAAAAUCCGAACAGUCAUAGUUGAUGGAGAAAAAGUUAAAUUACAGAUAUGGGAUACUGCAGGUCAAGAAAGAUUUAGAACAAUUACGUCAACGUAUUACAGAGGUACACAUGGUGUUAUAGUUGUAUACGAUGUUAGCAAUGGGGAUUCAUUUGCAAAUGUCAAACGAUGGUUACACGAGAUUGACCAAAAUUGUGAAGUUGUCAAUAGGAUAUUAGUUGGAAACAAAAAUGAUGCCCCAGAUCGAAAAGUAGUGUUAACAGAAGAUGCUCAAAGAUUUGCUGAUCAAAUGGGCAUCCAAUUAUAUGAAACAAGCGCCAAAGACAACAUAAAUGUUGAGCAGAUGUUCAUGUCGAUUACUAAACAAGUAUUGCGGAACAAAAAGGAAACCAAGGAACGACAGGCACAUCAGAACAAUGAUGUAGUGAAUUUAAGAAAAGGUCACUCAAAAGGAGCUAAAAGAAAAUGUUGUUAAAUCCAAUUGUUGCUGUAAGUGUUUUCAAUUUUAAGCUAUAAUUAUUAUUUUUUUCUUUUCAAUUUUUGUUACCACAUACACAUUAUUUUAUUAUGUGAAUACACAAAGCUCAAAGUUUUUAUUUCACAUUUAUAAAAAUUAAUAACAAUAUAAAACCAUAUUUUAGUUUCUGAUUUUGGCUACCUUUUAAUAAGUUUUGGUAUAUUAAAAUACUCAAUACCACUUGAUCAUUAUCAUAUUGCUUAUGUCUAAUAUAUGUAUUUCAUUAAAAUUAUUUUAAUUUUUUUGAUUUAUUAUGUCAACACCAGUAAAAUAUAGAUAAAAUACAUUUAUGUCUUGCCUUAAGAAUAUGUAUGUCUUUUAAGAACUUACGUUGUUAUGAUCCAUAAUUAUGAAGUAUAAAUGUGAUAUACUAAAUUAAUUUAAAUAUAUUUUACAUUCUGAUCAAAAUAUUCUAAAUAAUUAGCGUAUUUUUUAAAUUAUUAAUUGAAUCAAAUAUCAUAAUCCAAAUAUUGCAUAUAGUUAUCAAGAAUUGUAAUAUUUUGUUGUUUAUUACAAUAUUAUUUUAAAAAAUAUACUUAGGGGAAAAAUAUACUGUGUACAAUAGAAUUUUGUUUAUUCCUGUGAAAAGUGAUCAUUUAAUAACUAAACAAAUUCAUUUGAA